CUAGAAAAGGAUCUGUACACACAAUGGCUUUCUGAUUCUGCACUCACUACAGGCGUCCAUCGAGUCCCAACACGAACCAAUUUCUUUCUUCGGCGUGGUUUGUGUUGUUGUUGUGCACGACAAUGCCCGACGAAGAAAGCAAAGACGCUUCCGGGGCUGCUGCGGAGAACGGGGACCACGGGAGAACACGGCGGAGAGACCUGGAGGAAAUCAUCUCCCGCUGCCUGGAAAAAUCCAUCCGYGAGCUGCACAGCGACUACUACGCCGCCCACAAGGAUCGCCUCCGGCAGGUGGUCCGGAAAUCGCUGUCCUUUCCGAGGGACGGUCGCAGGGGCACCCAAGCGAGCAAGGGGAACAACGGGAAGCCGCACGACGCCGAGACCCGGAUCGCGCUCACCCUUUACCACCAGUGGAAGCGCGAGGCCGCGGCCCGGCCCGACCCGGAGCAAGCACCGGCGGCAGCGGCCGGGGAAACCGGUCGGGGGGAGGAUCCGCUCCAAGCCGGCCGACCACCGGCGCUUUCGCCGGCCCGUGGCGCAAUGGUCACGAUCACCUCCGACCUGGGGCUGGAGCGGGAGGUGUCCUCCCCGCGGCAGCUGGCCGAUCUGCUCUGCCCCCUGCUCGAAGAAGAGUUUCGAAACCACCCGCAGUGGAAGAUGGCCCCGGACGUUCGAUCGCAGCCGUCCGGGAUCGUGUCCAUGAUGUCUCUGGAACGGUCGGAGCUGCUGCGACAAGCCGGAAGGUUGCCGUGUCCCCACUGCAUCCAGUGGUGCAGAGGAGAAAAGGUAGGUGGAYUGCCAAGCGAUUGAAUUGGAUCGGAUCGGUUCCUUGGCAGAGCGUCUUGCAAAUCGCGUGCUAGGAACCCGAAUCCGAAUCGGAACCCGAAGCGGUUGUGCUUGGAACGGAGGUAUUUCGUGAAUUCACGGCUUUUGUUUUGCGUUGCUUGCCCGCACCAUCGAUCCUGUACGACACACCUUACUCGCACGCCCACAGGGACUCUGGUGGCACCAGCAACAAUACCAUCGAUUGGAAUAUGCAASCGCGACGAACGUAGCCCAGGCCACUUCCAUCGGCACGGGGGCCAUGGUUGUCUACGACGAAAACCUUUGGAAAGACAGAGCAAACAAAACGAACAAAACAGGAGGCAGCGCCGGUACUGGUUGCACUGCAUCUUUGUCUGCUUCCGCGGCAUCGACGGCCGCACCUGCCGGUAGCAGCGACGGCAAAGGGGUCGUUCGAUCCGGUUCCGGCAAAGAUCCCAUCGACCACGUCCGAGAAGGAAACCUGGAGGGCUUGAAAAACGCGGUAGAGAACCACGGUUACCGGCCCUCCCGGGUGUUCGACGAGAAGGGUUCCACCCCUUUGCUGUGGGCGGCGGGGGGCGGGCACCUGGACAUCACCCGGUACCUCGUAGAGGUUUGCGGCUGCGAUCCGUGCCAGUCGCAGCGGGGGAAACGGUCGUUUUGGGGCCGCACCGCCCUGCACUGGGCCUCUCGCAACGGCCACCUGGAGGUCGUGCAAUACCUCUUGUCUCUGGCGACCGGCGGCAGCAACGACGACGACGGCGGCAACUGCAACAGGGACAACGACAACGACAACAGGGACAACGACGACGGCCCGGAGCGGAGCCCGCGCUCGGUGCCACUGGGGMAGCUGCUCGAGGCCAAGACCGGGGACGGCACCACCGCCUUUGGGUGGGCCUGCUGGCAGCGCCACCUCCCGGUCAUGGAGUGCCUGUACGGGCACGGCUGCGACAUCCACGGCAGGAACAGCUACGGGUGUUCCCCCGUCCUGUGGUGCAGCCAGGGCAAGGGGCCGAACGGCCUGGGGGCCCUGCAGUGGCUCCGGGACAGGGGCUGCGACCUCCUGCUGGUCAACCACAACGGCCACGGCGUCCUCCACAAGGCCGCCCAGCGGGGGCAGGCGGAGGUCGCGGAGUGGCUGGUCCGGUCCGAGUGCUCCGGCCUGCUGGGAGGGGRGGAAAGCAGCGGRGGCCGGCGCAAGGACAAGGACCAGAGCCGAGACCGGACCGCCGCACUGCUGGCCCUGGUCGGCCCCGACGCCGAGGGCUACUGCCCGUCGGACCUGGCGGGCAUGGAGGGCCAUUGGGACCUCGCGGUGUGGCUCGCGGACGCGGAGGUGGGGGUCUGCCUCGGCCUGGGAGAAGCCCCGCCCCUUCCGGGGGGGAGCGAGGCCGUUUCCUGCGCCGGUGCGGCUCGGGCCUGGGAGAAGCACGGCGGCCUGCGGCGCAUGAGGUCGGCCCUGGACCGGCCGUCGCGGUAGGGGCCCGUGGCGUGGGCCGUGCGAGACGACCGCUGGCUACRGUACUGCACCGGUGCGUACUCGCAGAAAGGRCAGAGCAUUCGUGUCGUUUUGUAGGACAUCCGGGGCUUGGGUGUGUAAAWUGAAAUGAAAUGCAAUGAAAUGA